GCUGCCUUUUUCUGGAGCAGAGUCCUCCCGUUUCAGUUUCAGCUCACCCUUCCGAAUUCAGAGAGAUAGGCAUGGCGGCGAUGGUGGCGGGCGCGCUGCGGAGGGGAAGCGGAUACGGAGGAGGAGGCGGCUUCCGCUGCAGCUCGCGUCUCCUCGCCCAGUCGCUCCGCAGAUUCGUGAGCACGCUGGUCGUAGCGGAACACGAAGGUGGGUUCGUGAAGCCGUCGUCCCUGAGCGCAUUGGCCGCUGCGGAGGCCAUUGCAAAAGAGAACAAAAUUUCCGUUCUGUUGGGUGGAUCCGGGCCUGCGCUUCACAAGGCUGCCGAUCAUGCUGCGUCCAGUCAUCCAUUGGUUUCUGAGGUGCUCGUUGCUGAUUCAGAAGCCUUUGCACAUCCUUUGGCUGAACCGUGGGCUGAGCUGCUCCGCUCUGUUCAGCAGAAACGAGGCUACUCUCAUGUUAUAGCUUCAUCGACAUCAUUCGGGAAGAAUUUGCUUCCACGUGCUGCAGCUCUUCUUGAUGUAUCCCCUGUUACCGAUGUCACCGCAAUAAAGGAGCCACGAGUCUUUGUGAGGCCAAUUUAUGCUGGAAAUGCACUUUGUACUGUGAAAUAUACUGGAGAGGAUCCUUGCGUGAUGAGUAUUAGAUCGACUUCAUUUUCUCCAACUACUGAGGCCAUGUCUGAAACAAAGGUUGCACCAAUCACCCAGGUUGAUCUCUCUUUCCUCAGUGAAGGUUCCAUAGGGAAAUCCACAUGGGUGAAUCUGACAUCCCAAGACACGGAGCGACCUGAUCUUGCAAACGCACGUGUAGUAGUCACUGGAGGCAGAGGUUUAAAGAGUGCUGAAAAUUUUAAAUUGUUGGAGCAGCUUGCUGAGAAACUUGGUGCAGCAGUGGGUGCGACUAGGGCUGCUGUUGAUGCGGGUUAUGUUCCAAACGACCUCCAGGUUGGUCAGACAGGGAAAAUUGUUGCACCGGAGCUCUAUAUGGCUUUUGGAGUUUCUGGAGCAAUACAACACUUGGCUGGAAUGAGAGAUUCAAAGGUUAUUGUGGCUGUUAAUAAAGAUGCUGAUGCCCCCAUAUUUCAGGUUGCAGAUUAUGGACUCGUUGCGGAUCUGUUCGAGGUUCUGGACGAAUUGCUGAAGAAGAUCCCAGACAAGAAAUAAGUGGAUGCCAUCAUGAUAAGCGUCCAUGUCUCAUAUGCCCACAAGUUCAUAAUAAGAUGAAAUUAUCUCAUUAUGUGAAUACUCUAUCUGGAAUCAUGUAUGUUGUGGUCAAGGGCUGCUAGCGGUGGCGUUGCACCAUCAAUGCAGAUUCAAAACCGAUAAUUGAGACAUGUUUAUUGCA